AUAAAUAAAUAAAUAAAUAAAUAAAUAAAUGCCUACUGACUUACGUUCCUGCCAUGGUGUACAGUAUCCCUGUGAAUUUUGUCAAAAUGACUGAACCACCACAAAAGAACAACUCCACUCAAAAGGAGCACACAAACCACACGUUUCCAGAAAGAAGCAGUCAGAUUGGACAAAAGCAACUGCAACAGAUAGAACGGCAGCUAAAGUGCUUGGCAUUUCAAAACCCUGGACCGCUGGUCGCAGAUUUGACCCCUGAGACAAGGCAGCAGAAAAAGAAAGCGAGGAUGUCGAAGAUGAAUGAAUCUUUUUCUGUGAAGUACAAAGUACGACAAAAGCGGCAGGCUGAACUGUGUGACUGCCUGGAGAACCACUGCCUGGUAUGCUUUUACCCCAAGUGCAACCCCAACAAGUGUGGGCCGGAGGGCCGGUGCAACUGGCGCUGGGUCUAUGAUGCCAUCGUCAUUGAGUCCGGCGAGAUCAACAUUCUAGUUGGAUGUAUGAAUGAGCAGCUGACAGAAAACAUGAAGUGGUUGUCUCCAUUCUGA